AUGCAGGAACUCGACGACGUCCGGACGGAAGCAAGAGCUGCCAUUGAAGACUGGGCGAUCAAGGCUGAUCCUCCGUACAAGAAGCGUUUCUACAAGUUCUUCAAGACAGGGCCCGAGGGGUUUAGCAGGGGUUCUGUUUCUACUACUACGUCAGCGGAGAAGACUCUGACACCGUUGGAGGAGGCAGAGAAGGAGCUCGAGCUGAGAAACUGGUCGACGAUGUACCAGCAGACUUGCAACGGCCUCGGGCAGUCGCUCAAGGAUGUGCAGCAGCGAGCGCAGGGGGACGUGGGGAGGGUGUUGCAGCCGCUGUUGAACGAACUGAUGAAUGCCAAGGCGAAGGAGACGAUCAGCUCAGAGAUCAAGAACUACACGGGGUCAGAGCUCAACGACUUUGUGAGGCUCAUGCGAUCCCUCUCCAUCGCCUACGAGCAGUCGAGAAACGCGUAUUCCUCCGAGUACCUCGUGCAGUAUGUCCCUAAGGAAGUGCCGCUCGUCAAGCUCAACGUUGAUUUCCGCGCGUCCAGCCUCUCUGCUCCUGUGACCUAUGCUCCCCCCAAGGUUCCCCAUAGGACUGCCCCCGUCCUCGCACGCAUGGAGACUCCCAAGAUGGUGAAACCUGCGCCACGUCCUGAGGGCCAGAAGAACUUGCUAGCCUGGGGAGGAGGAGGAGGAAUCCAGACAUCUUCUUACAGAAUGUUCCACGGGAAGCCGAUGGAGAAAUACCCCAACGACUUCACCAGUGAGAAGUCGACUAUGAAACCAGCCAAGCCCACGUUGGAUCCCUUCGGAUCCAGCAUCACGAUCGGCAUGUCCGACUACCCUUACCACACGACGACAUACGAGGACACGCUCGGCCGGUCCGCUACCAUGGAGUACGACCGAACUCUAGUGUGA